AUGGCGCCCAAUGGGGGCCUGGGCUAUUUCAUUCAUAAUCUAGUCGCGCUGAUUGGGGAAUCAUUUGAAACCAAGGGAGAUGGCACAGAGGAAGGCAGUGGAUCAUCUCCGGUAAAACGGUCAGGCCGAACAAUUAAGAGCCACAUCCGCUAUAACAUUCCAAAAUGGUAUGGCAUUCGAUAUGAUAUCUACAUACAGGAGAACAACAGGACGGAGGUCACAGAGUUCCUUCUCUUAGGAUUUCAGGUCAGUCGAGGGUUAAGACUUUUCCUGUUCUGUCUGUUCCUUGUGGUUUAUUGUCUGAUAAUAUGUUGGAAUCUCCUGAUCAUCACCCUGGUGUCCACCAGCAAGAACCUCCACACCCCAAUGUACUUCUUCAUCUCACAUCUGUCCAUCAGUGACAUCUUGUUAUCCACAGAUAUUGUCCCCAACCUUCUCCACAUCCUCCUGAAUAAUGGGGGGACCAUGACUUUUAUUGGUUGUAUCACUCAGUUUUAUUUUUUCAGCACCUCAGAAGGAUUUGAAUGUUUCCUCCUCACAGUGAUGUCUUAUGACAGAUAUGUGGCCAUCUGUAAUCCUCUCCGUUACUCCUCUAUCAUGACAAGUGGACAUUGUGUUAUACUGACCGUCAUCUGUUGGUUGUUUGAAUUUUCUCUUAUUUUGACUUACACUGUAACAAUAGCAAAGCUAAACUUCUGUGUUUCUAAUAUCAUUGACCAUGUAUUCUGUGACUUUGUUCCUUUACUAGAACUUUCCUGUUCCAACACAUUCAUUGUUCACUUGGAGACCUAUAUCAUAAGUAUUCCAAUAAUCAUCAUCCCAACCAUUAUCCUUGUUGUGUCUUUUACUUAUAUUAUUUUAGCAAUCCUAAGGAUCUCAUCCAAUACUGGUAGACAGAAAGCCUUCUCCACCUGUAGCUCCCACCUCAUUGUGGUCUCCAUAUUCUUUGGGACUUUGGGACUCGGUGUUUAUAUUGUCCCAACAAAAGGACAAACAAUGACCAUGAGUAAAAUCCUCUCCCUGCUAUAUACUGUCUACAUUGUCAAACUAGGACGAGAGAAUUAA